AUGGUACUGCAAAAAUGUACGACGCCGGAGGACAAGGUCUGUGCUGUGAUUACCUACAUGGGACAUGUGGCAUACCAGGAGCUUCAUGACAAGAUUCACCCGGAAAGAAAACCGAGAGAUCUUACAUACGAUCAGAUCGUGAGCAUUCUGGGACAGAUUUUCGAGCCGCAGGAGAAUCUUUUCGGGUCAAGGAUCGCAUUCCGGAAAAUUUGCCAAGUGCCCGCGGAAUCGCUGGUCGAGUACGAGGCGCGCCUGCGCAAAGCAAGUACGGAUUGCCGAUGGCCGGCCGGUGAGGAACUCCAAUCAAACCUCAUCGAGCAAUUCAUUGCCGGACUCGAGAACAAACAACUGAAACAAUCUGUGUUGCUCAAAAGCUCGAAAUACAAGAAGCUAGACGAACUUUUCGAAUAUGCAACAGACAUCUUAAUGGCUCGCAAAGCAGUGAAUGAAGCAGAAACCCCAAAUCUGCCGGUCAACUUCGUGAACGACCGAUCGAGACGAUCAAAACGCAACUUCGUGCGAAGAGGGACUCGAAGUCAGAAAACUGCCCGAACCCGUUAUCGCUGUGGUGACAAAAACCACAUGGCUCCGGACUGCGAGGACGAGUCAGUCAGGUGUGUCACAGUUGCGGGAAAACAGGGCAUCUUCAGAGCGUCUGUUCAAGAGCUCAACAGCAGAACUUCUUGA